AUGGAGACUACCCUGUUGCUCGUGGUCGCAGUGAAAGCAUUGCAAGUAUACGCUGAUGAUCAAUUCGGCACGCCGAAGACAAAAAAGAUCAAGAGAAUAAAGCGUGAACUCAGAAUAUGCGCCAACCUCAAGCAUCCAAAUAUUCUACCCAUUUAUGGUUAUACGUAUGGGUUCGGCCCAUUCCUAGCGAUAGUCAGUCCUUGGGCGGAGAAUAGUAACUUGACAGUCUAUUUGGAGCGUGAGGGUGCGGCUCUUACUCUCGUUAGACGAUUCCAGCUGCUAAGAGAUAUCAUAGCUGGUCUGCAAUAUCUCCACACCAACAGUGUCAUCCAUGGUGACUUCAAUGGGCCUAAUGUGCUCAUCCAUGGUGAUGGUACUGCAUGUGUUGCCGACUUUGGUCUCUCCUUGAUGUAUUCCGAGGUUAUAAGUGCCUCUCAGGCAUCUUGGACGUCCACGCUCAAAGGAAACAUGCGAUGGAUGGCUCCUGAGCUGCUUGUACCAGAGAAGGAGGAUGGUUCUCCAACUCGUCCGAGCAAGCAAAGCGACAUCUUUUCGUUCGGCGGUAUCAUGUUGCAGGUCCUCACCAACAAAAUCCCUUAUUAUUACCUCCCAAAUGAUGCCGCAAUCGUCCUAUGCAUAGCUAGGUUGGAAAUGCCCUCCAGAGCUCGUUAUCCUGAGAUCCCUGAAAAAUACUGGACACUUAUGGAGCAAUGUUGGUCUACUAAGCCUCUGGAACGCCCAUCGACGGAGGGAGUUGAUGUCACGAUCAGGAAUGAAUUUCACUUGUAUAAUCAACGCAGGCUCACCGCAAGACUUCUCUUGUAA